GGUGGAUUGUGGGUAAGCAGGAAGUAAACAAACGCGCAUGGUCUCAAAAGAUUCUGCUGGUUCGCAGCAGGAAACCUUCCGAGAUCGGAUUAUAAAAGAAAAGAUGGAUGUGUUGAAAGAAAAGAUGGAUGUGUUGAACGAUUUCCAGCGAUUUUUUUUCUCUAUGAGUCGUUUGGCUUCGUUUCCCUGGACUUUUCUAGAAAAAGACCUGCAAAGCAACAAAUCAUCACAAUUCAUUUUAGAUAUCUUGAAACAGACGUGUCUUCACCCUCUGUGCACAAAGUUUCCACCAUCAGUCAAAUACAGGAGGCUGUUCAUCUCCGAGCUCAUCAGACAGCAGGAGGCGGCGGGCUGCGACCCUCUGGACGAGCUCUACGACGCUCUGGCCAAGGUGCUGGGAGCUGAAGACACGCCUGACUGCUACAAGAGCUACUUACUGCCCUGUGGUGACUCAGUCAGCCUGUUGGAGAACGUAGCUCUGAUCUCAGAGGGAACCACCGGUCUGGUGACCUGGGAGAGCGCCCUCUACCUGGCAGAGUGGGCUCUGGAUCACCAGCAGGCCUUCACUGGCAGGACAGUUCUGGAGCUGGGCAGUGGUGUGGGGUUGACCGGUAUCACCAUCUGUCGCUCCUGCAGCCCGAACAGAUUUUUCUUCAGCGACUGUCACCCCAGCGUCCUGCAGAAACUGAGGACCAACGUCCAGCUGAAUGGGCUGAGUGAGCAGACGACUCCCACGGCCAACGUUGAACUGCUGGACUGGACUACAGCGACUGAGGAGCAGUUACAAGAGAUCGGAGCUGACACCGUCAUCGCUGCAGAUGUGGUGUACGAUCCCGAAAUCGUGGGAAGCCUGGUGACACUUCUGACCAAGAUCCUGAGAUGUUCUUCUCCCGAGGUCCUGAUCUGCUCCACCAUAAGAAACCCGGAGACGUACAGCGGCUUCAAGCAGCAGCUCGAAAACGCAGGAAUCAACCAUCAUGUGGUCACAGGACAUGUCAGCCACGUGUUUCCUUACAGCAGAUUCUCAUCAAUAGAAAUGAUCAAACUGUACAGAUGACACGAAUGUAGCACCAUAAAGAUUUGAUUUACAAAGGUACAUCCUCAAAGUUUCAAACAAUUGAGUCAAGGCCACUUUCACUCCUACUCUGUGUCCCGUGAUCCAGAUGUGCAGUCUGCGAGUAUGGGAGGGCUUGUUUAAUGUUGGUGGUCUCACCAGGGAAUUUAUUCUGCUCCUUAUGAAGGCUAUUCUGAAUUCAUUUUGUUGGACCCCUCAACAAGAGCCUUGCGCUUGAUUCCCUUGUUAAGUGCAUCUGUUGUGUUAUUUGUUGUGUUUAACAAAAAAAAUCAUAUUUCACCUAUUGAUAAUUACAUAUUGCAAAUAAAUAAAUUAGGCAUUUAUCAAAUUGAUCAAAUUAAAACUUUUCAUCCUGCAAUAAUUUUUUUUACUAAACAUUCAAUCCCUCAGAAUUGGCUUGCAGCAAGUAGUUUUCUCAUUUUCCACCAUCUCUAGUUCUAGUGACUCUUUCAGAAAUAUAGCGUGGUCAUUAUAUGCACAGCCUGUACAUGCAGUUUGCAUGCAUCUCCUUUUACUCCACAACAAACACUUUUUACCGAUUUCAAUUGAUAAGUACAGUGUAUUUAGGAACUUUUUUAGAUUUUCGCAAGCAUCCAUUUUCCCCAAACUACAAAAAAAUGUAGAAUUUUCUAUGUAUCUAACGAAUUUAAAGUAACAAUGAUUAAGUUGAGGAAAGUACAUGAAAGUAGAGAAGUUGCAUAUAAUGAACCAUCUUUCUGACUUGCUGGCUGAAUAUCUGAAUGACAUGUUCAUAUUUUACACUUACAGAAUCUGCACACCGCAUUUUAAUCGGUGUUUGCAAAAUAGGUAUAGAAACAGCCAUCAGUCAGUUAAUUAGAAACUUCUUACUGUCAACUGUAUGUUUGGGGGGGGAGGGGGAGGGGGGAGCUGUGUAAAGAUCCAGCAACUGUCAUGCAUUUGAAUAUUUUUUAGAUAAAGAGGAUAUACAGAGAGCAAGCCUCAAAUAUGAGUCACAAUUUUGAAACGAUACCAGAAAGAAAACCCAUGACAAGCACUAAACAGAAAUGGCAACUUUAGAGAAAAACCAACCUGAAGUAACUGCCUACACUGAGUAAUGUUGCAAUAGAAUUUAAUUUACAUAUAAAUUGUGUAUUUAACAUAUUUUCCACCAGUAAAUUCACAAAAUCGAAUUUAAAUAGAAAUUGGGGGAAAUUCUUAAUUCCACAAUGCCAUUACCAAUGUGAUAUUUCCAGAAAGUUAAAAACUAUGUGCAACACUGAUGAAAAAUGUGCCCAUUUUUACAGACUUUAUUGAGGUUGACCACGCAGAUCUUCAGGAGUAACUUGAUAAGACGGCUGUUCUACUUGUUUGAUGUUAGAGUUGCAAUGUGUAAUAUUUAACCUGUAUGAAAAAGAGCCCUCAUUGGUAUUGUGCUUUCAAUCAUUUUCUUAGAUUACCUGAAAGUUUUAAUUACACACAUGUACUUUCAGCCAGUACUGUCAUAUUGAUUUUUUCAUAUUGAUUUUAAUUGAGGUUGAAGGUCGGCUUAUGUUAACGCUCCCCUUGUGUCAAUAGAUGGACUGUUGAUGUUUAUUAUUUAAUCUUUUUUUCACAUUUAUUUUUAGUUUAUUAGAAUGUGUUGUUUCAGCUGCAAAGACACACCUCCCCUCUAAGUAUUGAUACCAGCCAUUAAAAAAACCAUUAGGCUCAAUGGCCACUGAACUAAAGUAGAGUUCAUGUGAUUAAUAUACUAUGAUUAUUCAAAUGUAUUGGAUGUAAAAUUACAAUUGUAAGUGUUACUGAUUUAAAAUCUAAAUUGUAUUCCUAAAUGUUAUAAUACUAAUUAAUAAAUGAACAUCACCAGUAAUUUCUGUACUUACUAGUAU